AUGAACGAAAAUCUGGAUGGAGUUCUCAACGCGCUACUUCACAACGAAAGAGAAGCAGCCAGAACAUUUAAAGUUGGCGAUGAAGCAAAAAGAUUGAGGAGAGAAGAUAUCGUAAAGAAAAGACGAAAUACAACAUGGAUUAAUCUUGGUAAAAUGGACUACGAUUCUGAAGAAUCAUCGACCGACGAAACAAUUGUGAAGAAUAUGAUAGAAGACCACUUUUUCCAGAUAACUAAGAAAGGAAAAGAUGAAAAGCAAAAGGAGGAUUCUAUUGAAGAAGAUCGAACAAACAAAGACACCGUUAAAUGGUAUCCCAAGAAAAAAAGAAACAGAACAAAGGUUAAUCCUCAAAAGAAGCUUCUUAAAGAGAUCGAUGUUCACGAGGAUCCAGAAACUAAGAUUGCUAGAGCGAUUGCAGAGGAAGCGGAGAAAAAGAAGAUCAGAGAAAAUGAAGCGAGGAAGAAGAAAGAACAAAAGUGGAUAGAAUUGGGUCAAGCUGUGUGCAGUUUGUCAGCGGAUGAUUUCAUUCUACCAUCUGAUGUCGCUGAGAAUCCGGAUCAUAAGCCUGACCGAAGCCAGCGUGGCGAACCAAUUGUAGUUGCUGUUGCUUCGUUUAUUCAAUCAAUGAAGGCACUUGUUGGAAACAAAGCCGCACACGAUACGGUUCUUGCAGAUCAAAGUGGUAUUGCUGCUGCACUUUGUGGUAUCCAUAAGUCUGCAUUGACUGCACGAUUUUCAUUCAAGAAAAGUAAAUUUGAUUGA